AUGUGGAAAAAGUCUCUAACUGCGUAUAAAAAGGUUGAAGAAGAAGGAGAAAAAGAUAACACAAAACAACAUUCUUUCAACUAUCAAAAGCUAACUGAUUCCGAAAUCAUGCCAAAGCAAAAUAAAAACAGAAAGUCUUCAAGCUAUUCAUUUGGCUCAAUGACUUCGACUUCUUCUUCAUCUUCCACAUGUCCAUCCUCUAAACGAUACACGUCAUCUCAACAGUCCUUUGCAUUCGUACCGCCCAUCUUUCCGGUCGUACCACAGAAGUUUGUAUUUUUCGGAUAA